AUGUGGAGCUUUGGCCCGCGGUCCUCCGCCUGCUGCGGCUGCUGCUGCUGCUGCUGCUGCUGCUCGUGCUCGCUCGGAGGCGACUCCUGGGCGCCCCUGCCCCUGCACGACGUCCUCGCCGCCCGUGGCCGGCGGGGCCCGCCGGAGCCCGUGGACGUGGCCUUCGGGCUGCUGAAGAGCACGGGGGAGGAUGGUUAUGUGUGCGUCAUCUGCAUGGAAGACCUCUCCCUGGGCUGCGAAGUGGGCAGGCUCGAGUGCAACCACGUCUUCCACGCGGGCUGCAUCCGGGCGUGGGUGCAGCAGGCCGCCCGGAGGGCGGCGGCCUGCCCGCUGCGGUGCUUCGCGCCGGCGGCAGGAGGCAGGAGGCAGGAGGCCCUAAAGAAUAAUUCGCAGGCGAAUUGGCAGGCGGCGGCCGCCCAGUGCCGCAAACAGAAUUGGCGGCGGCCGUCCUCAGUGCUAGGAAGUCGGCCGUCCACGCACGCGUUGCAGGCCCUGCGCGCCCGGCCCCCCUCAGACCUCUGGCGAUCUCCUCCUCCUCCUCCUCUUCGUGCCCACGCUUCUGGUCCCCGUGCGGAUCGUCGGCUCGCGGCCGUCACUGUUGGACGUCUCCGGGGGCCGGGAAGCGGUCCCCCUGGGCGCCGAGGGACGCGGGAGAGCAGCGUCGGCCAGUGCUGGAAUUCGGCUUCCAGCGCGCGCGCUGCUCGGGACGAUCGAAUUGCGCAUUGUGCUUCGCUGUUUCGUGCCCAUGUCGGGCGUCCAGACAUGCCAGAAUUCGGCCCUCCGCGCGCGCGUGCGCGCUGCAGGCUCUGCAAGCCGUGCCCUCCGGGCCUCUGCCGACCGGAUCCUGUCGGGUUGCCUGCCCGCGGACCUCCCCCGUCGGACCCGGGCAUCUGA